AUGGCCUCAGUCGAUGUCGCUUCACCUCCGACUAAUGAUCCUUAUAAAUCGUUCGCUUAUGCCCAUCCGAACUUCAAUCUCUGGAGUGUAAGCACAGAACCACAAAAAAACAAACCAGUGGUUGAAUACGGGAAGGCAAACGACAAAAGUUUCACCAUUCGCGUUGUCCAUGGUGAGUUCUUUACAGACUACCCAGGCAAGGCAUAUCAACAGACCAAGGUUCACUUCAUUUCUCAUGUGAACAUCGAUUUGUUAGACAUGGAGUUGCUUGGGUGUUUUUCUAGAAGCCUUGGGUAUACCAGUUUGGGGAACUGGUAUCAUAUGCCCAUCGGAGAACACACUAGGUUGUCAACGGUUCCAAUACUAAAUGAUGAAUGUUUAGAACCAUUCAAGACGUUAGUUAGGGCCCACAAAUUCAAAGAGAAUGAACAUCUCUAUGUUAAACAUAGGCCUGUGUUUGUUCCAAACAAUUUCCCACACUUUUUGAUGAACUCUCCAGCCAAACGUGUUGAGAAGCUUAUUCACAUGUUUGUAAUAGAACAUCCAACGGCUUGGUUUGAUGAUGGAAUAGCAUACAUCCAACAUAUGCUAAACAUGACAAUUCCAAGAGAAAAAAUGAAGGAUGCUACGGACAUGGCUAAAGAAAAUGCCACAGCAUGCACUACUAGAAAAAAGGCCUUUUACGACGCUCAUUGCACGUCGUAA